GCUGGAACCCUGACUGGGAUCUUUUUGGGAUUAAUACAUGUGAUUUUAACAGGAAAACAUGAGCAAAACAAAGAAUAAAAGUGAAAAUAAGACAGAAAAGGCUUUGGCUGCGGAGAAGGAACAGUUUGGUAAACAACAGCUUCAAUGCAUCAGUAAAACUGUCAGCACUGCUGAGGUGCCACCAAAAGAGAAGUAUGUGCGCACUAUCAUCUUGGGAACUCACAAAGAAGGUGGAGCCACCACCUUCUGGUCCUACAUUGUGAACCUGCCUCUGUCCAGCAACUCCAUGGUCAGCUGGAAGGUUUGCUAUCUGGUGCACAAAGUUCUCAGGGAUGGACACAAAAAUGCUGUUGUAGAUUCUCACAGACACAGUCGAACUAUACGAGACAUGGGGGUGCUGUGGGGAAACUUGCAUGAUCGAUAUGGUCACAUUGUUGCUUUGGCUGCCAAAUUCCUUCACCUCAAAAUGGAGUUUCAUGCAAAGCACAAGGUGAUCCCAGGUAACCUGGAGGCCAGCGAUGAGACUUUGGAGAGGGAAGCAGGAACUGACAUGACCAAAGUGUUAGACAUGACACAGGAGCUGCUGGAUUAUUUGGAUGCUGGACUGAAGAUGGCUGAGACGGUUCUGCGUCAGCUGGAUGCAAACGGAGCCAAAUCUACCACCUCGGCUGGAAAGUGCAGACUGACUCCUCUUAUACCCCUCAUACUGGACUGCAGCUUCCUCUACCAUUUCUCAGUCCGACUACUGUUCAAGCUUCACAGCCGUAUUGCUCCAGAAGUUCUUCUGGGACAUCGAGAGAGAUUCCGCGACCUCUUCAUGAGCCUCACACAGUUCUUCAACAGAGCCAGAGAGAUGGAGUUCUUUAAAAGCGUCAUCCAGAUUCCCGACCUCCCAGAUGGUCCUCCAAACUUCCUCCGAGCUGCUGCCUUGGCUGAGUACAAAAAGCCGGUGGUGGUGAUUCCCACCGAGGACCAGCAGGAGGACGAAGAAGUGGAGCCACAGCCGGAGUUUAGAGAAGCGCCUCAGGUCCCACAGUACUAUUUGCUCAGUCAGAUGGCGACACCCGAAGCUCAGCUGGAGCAGAAAGAAACUGCCAACGAGAGUUUGAAGAGGGAGCUGGAGGUCCUGAAACCAGAGCUACAACUUAUCAAGAGUGAGGCUCAGAGAUGCGUUACGGAGUUAAAAGCUCAGGUCAACCAUCUGGAAGCUGAAGUCGAGGAGCAGCGCACCCACAAGCAGAUGGCGAUGGUUGAAAACGAAAACCUGCGGAUGGAGGUGGAGGCUUUACGCAACGCUAACGUGGCCAAUGUCGGGGCUCAGAUUGGAUACAAGGAGGCCGACAGUCGAGCUCAGGCUGCAGAGCUUCGAUUUACUCAACUAAAAGAGAGACACGCGGAGCUGGUUACCAGUCACGCCGGCCUGAUGAAGAAGAAUGCAGAAACAGUGAGGAUGCUGUCGAACACAAAACAAGAUCAGGAGGAUUUACUGAGGGUCAAACAGCAGCUUCAAACUGAGCUGGAAAAUUUACGACAGGAGCAAAGAGCGAUGACGAAUCAGCAGCAGCAGGAGAUCAGCCGUCUGAAUAACGAGCUGCUGGAACAAAGCGCACAGCUGGCCCUGCUUCACAGCUCUCUGGAGGAUAAAGAGAAGGAGGGGUCUCAGGUGAGCAGCAGCCUGGCGGCUCUGCAGGCAGAGCGAGACGUGCUGCUUCGCUCUGCACGAGAGAAAGAGGCCGAGCUUUCCUCUCUGAAACAACAGCUGCAGCACCAGCAGAGCUCUCUGGACCUGGAGAGAGACCGAGCCAACCGAGAACUGGAGGCCCUGAGAGCUCAGCUACAGCAGCAGCUUGCCAUCAACGCAGAGCAGAAGCUGGAGAUCGACAGGCUGAGACGAGAGCUGGACUCUACACGAGCAGAGCUGACGCGAGCAAACAACAUGCUGCAAAGCAAAGAAAUGAGUGGAACUCACAUGAGCAGCACCGUGGCGGCGCUGCAGGCGGAGAAGGACAUGUUGCUCCGGUCGGUUCGGGAACACGAGGCCGAGCUGAACUCCCUCAGACAGCAAGCUCAGCUCCAGCAGAGCUCCCUGGAGCAGGAGAGGCAGAGGAGCAGCAUGGAGCUGGGAAACCUGCACUCCCAGCUUCACCAGCAGGCCUGUCGGGAAGGAGAGCUGGCCCAGAAGCUGCAGGACGAGCAGUUCUGUCUGCUGCAGUGUGCCGUGGUGGAAGCUGAGGGCAUCAUACUGGAUGCCGUGGCCAAGCUGGACGACCCCAUACAUGUCCGCUGCAUCAGCUCCCCAGAUUAUUUGGUGAACCGAGCUGAAAUUACUCUGAGUUCCAUAGACAAGAUGCAGCAGAGCCACCUGGUCUACCUGGGAAACAGGAGUGAUGCCAGCGGUUUGUUGAGAGCUGUCACACAGUUUUCCCACCUCGCUGCAGACACCAUUGUCAACGCAGCAGCGACGUCACACUCGGCUCCCACAGAUCAGGCCGACAGUUUGACUGACAGCUGUCGGGACUGCGCGAAUCACAGCCUUCAGUUCCUGAAGGAUCUGAAGUUUCAGGCCAGUUUACAGAGAGCAGACCCGUCUGCAGUUCGCUACACCGUCCAGCGCCUGCUUGCUAUGGGACAGGAUCUGCGUCCAAAAGGGCAGGACGUGCUGAAAGAAGAGCUGGGAAACAUGGUGGAUAAAGAGAUGGUCGCUACAUCGACUGCCAUUGAAGAGGCUGUUCUUCGAAUGGAUGAAAUUCUGAACCAGGCAAAGAAGGACACCACUGGUUUAAAGCUGGAGGUCAACCAGAGUAUCCUGGGGUCCUGUUCAGACCUGAUGAGGGCUGUUCACAUGCUGGUGACUGCCUCCACCGACCUACAGAAAGACAUCGUAGAAAGUGGCAGGGGAGCUGCAUCUAUUACAGAUUUUUAUGCCAAAAACUCUCGCUGGACUGAAGGACUCAUCUCUGCUUCCAAAGCUGUGGGCUGGGGCGCCACUCAGCUACUAGACUCAGCUGAUCGGGUUGUGGGUGAAAAUGGUACAUAUGAGGAGCUGAUUGCCUGUUCGCAUGAGAUCGCUGCAAGCACUGCCCAGCUAGUUGCUGCCUCCAAGGUCAAGGCCGACCGCAGCAACAAGAAACUGUACACGCUGCAGCAGGCCUCACGGCAUGUGAACGACAUGGCUGCCGUGGUCGUCACCUCCACCAAACACGGGCAGCAGCAGAUAUCUGACCACGGAGUGAUGGACUUCUCUGGCAUGUCUCUGAUCAAACUGAAGAAGGAGGAAAUGGAAGCUCAGGUGAAGGUGCUGCAGCUCGAGAGCCAGCUGGAGCAGGAGCGAGUCCGCCUGGGGGAGCUGAGGAAGCGGCACUAUGACCUGGGGGCCACCGAGAGCAACCCUGGCGGAGAUGAUGCAGCUGACAGCUUCCCGCCGCCGCCACCACCGUCUCUGCUUGACUCCACCCCAGUACCUCCAUCCUUCUCUCAGACACAGCCCUAUGCAAACACCCAGAGCCUCUCACAGAUCGCUGCGUUUGCACCGGCUAAAACACAGUCCUUCUCUCUGCCGCAGACUUACACACCAACACAGGCGUACACGCCAUCUCAAACAUACACAUCUCCCCAAAACUACACGCCAUCUCAAACAUACACAUCUCCCCAAAACUACACGCCAUCUCAAACAUACACAUCUCCCCAAAACUACACGCCAUCUCAGAGUUACAUUCCCUCACAGUCCUACGUCCCGCCUCAGCCGUUCGUUCCGUCUCAGCCGUACACAAACCCAGCACAGAGCUACUUACAGCCUCAGUCUUACUCACUGUCACAACCAUCGUCACUCUCAUCCAGCAUCCAGCAGCCUAAAGCAGCUUCUCAGACGUCCCACCAGAACACCAACUCCACCAAACCUUCCUUAAGGAAACCAAACAUCUUCACUAAGUCUGGCAACCUGCUGAAGAAUGCAUUCAAACGAGGGGAAACUGGAGCAGGGGAGUCAUGAGGCUGACUGGGGAAGAGGAAGCGGCUUCAUUAUUAAAGCACCUCAGAAACACUGUCCUGUAUAAUAACAAUGAUUUUUAAUCAUAAUGAAUCUGAACAAAAACAAAAAACAAAAAAAAAAACAGCUUUAAUCUGAACUACACUUGCAAAUUUAAUGACUAUUUAAUAUUUUGUCUUCUGUAUAAUCCAAGUGAUUCAUUAAAAUUCUUGAUUGAGUUAAAGCUUCUGUGCAGGAUGAAUGUUGAUAAUGCUAUUGUAAUAAACUCUUAUUAUAACAUAAUACAACUUAAUUAUAAUAUGAACAUGUUAGUGGAUUGAUGAAUAUAAUUAAACUGCAGUUUUAAACCAA